CUUAAACUCAUUAAUCUCUUUAUUGAUUAAUCAGUGGAUUAAUUGAUUGUUUGUCUGCAGUUCAAAAUCAAAAACCUAUUGUUAGACCAAGAGGCGUCAAUUAUGAACUUUAAUGUUCCUGGGAGGAUCAAAGGUAGGAAGAUCUUAACCACUUCAAUAUUGUAAAGUGGCUCCACAUGUUGAGGAACUCAAGAUUUUUGCUUUAGGAUACAAGUGAUGGAAAAGCAGUAAAUAGUCACAGUUUAAGUUUACAAAGGGAAGAAGUCUGGCAUUUUUAAUGGAAAAAAAUAUUAUUAAUAAUUAAUUUUACAGUAAAAUAGCUCAGUAUUGUUAUUUUCUGACCAUUCAUUAGAUUAAAUACGAAUAUGAGUGAGAAAUGACACAAAAGGUUCCACUGUGGGAUUCAUUUUUAUGGAUUUCACACCAAUCUAAAGGAAUGGAUGCAGUUCUCAUUGUUCCUUUGCUGUCCCAGAUCUUUUUACUGAAAUAAACCUAUUCCGAUGUGCAACAUCAUGGGGAGGAAGGAGACAUGGAAAAGAAGUAACUCUUCAACCCCCCAAAAACAAACAAGCAAACAAACAAACAAACAAACAAAACCUCUGCGCUGUCUCUACCUUUAAUGGGUCAGUUCAUGUCAGGGCAAUGAAAGGUUUAAACGGGAAGAUUUCGUUUUCAGUUUUUAUACCCGGUUUGCAGCAGGGAGGAUAUCUCUGGCGCCCCUACCGACUCCUUAGAGCGUAUGCGGCUCCACACAGAGUGAAAUCACGAUGAUCACACGUCCUCUCUCACAGCUCCCACAGACACAUAACUGAACGUUUACAAGUCAUUUCCUUCGGGGACUAUCCAGCCCCUGUUUCUCGGUUUCAGUAAGGAACCGCUCGGUACAGCUUGACUCGCUGACGGCUCCGGCCCUCUUCCAGGCCGGUGUUUUGAUUGGAUUAGAGUCGGCUAGCCUUUGCCCUCUAACCUCGCUGAUGUUUGCUUGCUGCUUCCUGCUCGCUCCGCUCCGCCUGAUCGACUGACGAAGCCUGCCGAAGCCGCUCGGCGAAGCGCCCUGCACGGACACAGCAGACCGGGACAAGCCGCCGCUCACAGCCGAAAGGAGAGCCGAGCAGGGGAAGCCGCGAAGCGCACACACGGGCGGGGGGACGCAAAAACCAGGCAGCCAUGCGGAGGAAAUCAAGGAUAUUGUUGUGCUUUGCUGUGCUGUGGGUGCUGGGGAUAGCCUACUACUUCUACUCGGGGACAGCGUUGAGUCGAAAGGAUGACUGGGUGUCCAGGGACUUGUCCGGUAGGACCAAAGGUCACAACUCUGACGACAAAGCCCACGGCCCGGAGACACUGCCACCAGACAUGGGAAUGGAGCUUCAGAGCUCUGGUAAGGUGCGCUGGCAGGAUUUUGACCAGGAUCUGUAUGUUGGAGCCACGGUGGUCCGGCCAGGUCAAGACCCCUACGCCAGAAACAAGUUCAACCAGGUGGAAAGCGACAAACUCCGAAUGGACAGAGCUGUACCAGACACGAGACAUGAUCAUUGCAGACAUAAGCAGUGGAAGUCAGACCUGCCGGCCUCGAGCGUUGUCAUCACCUUCCACAAUGAGGCUCGCUCUGCUCUGCUGCGGACUGUGGUCAGUGUCCUGAAGAAAAGUCCACCUCACUUGGUCAAAGAGAUCAUUCUGGUUGAUGACUACAGUGAUAAUCCUGAGGAUGGAGCGCUGCUGGGGAAGAUUGAGAAAGUACGCGUGUUGAGAAAUGACCGCAGAGAAGGCUUGAUGCGAUCAAGAGUUCGUGGUGCAGAUGCUGCCACAGCACCAGUCCUCACCUUCCUGGACUCUCACUGUGAAUGUAAUGACCACUGGCUAGAGCCGCUGCUUGAAAGAGUGGCUGAGGAUAAGACACGAGUAGUUUCUCCCAUCAUUGAUGUCAUCAACAUGGACAACUUUCAAUAUGUCGGCGCCUCUGCCGAUCUGAAAGGAGGCUUUGACUGGAAUUUGGUGUUUAAAUGGGACUACAUGACUCUGGAGCAGAGACGAGCCAGACAAGGCAACCCGAUCGCUCCUAUAAAGACACCAAUGAUAGCAGGUGGCCUCUUUGUCAUGGAUAAAGAGUACUUUGAGCAGCUGGGAAAGUAUGACAUGAUGAUGGAUGUAUGGGGAGGGGAAAAUCUCGAGAUCUCAUUUCGUGUGUGGCAAUGUGGCGGCAGUCUGGAGAUCAUCCCCUGCAGCAGAGUUGGCCACGUCUUCAGAAAGCAGCAUCCUUAUACCUUCCCCGGUGGCAGUGGCACUGUGUUCGCAAGGAACACAAGGAGAGCAGCAGAGGUGUGGAUGGACGAGUAUAAAAACUUCUACUAUGCCGCUGUCCCCUCAGCAAGAAAUGUCCCCUAUGGGAAUAUCCAGAGUCGUUUGGAGAUGAAGAAGAGAUUAAACUGUAAGCCAUUCAAAUGGUACCUGGAGAAUGUCUACCCUGAGCUGAGGGUCCCAGAUCACCAGGACAUUGCUUUCGGAGCCCUGCAGCAGGGAGGAAACUGUCUGGACACCUUGGGUCACUUUGCUGAUGGUGUGGUCGGCGUCUAUGAAUGUCACAAUGCAGGGGGAAACCAGGAAUGGGCUCUAACCAAGGAUAAAUCGGUAAAACAUAUGGACCUGUGUCUGACUGUGGUGGACAGAACAGCUGGUUCCCUCAUCAAACUACAAGGCUGUAGAGAGAAUGACAGCAGACAGAAAUGGGAGCAGAUCGAGUCCAACUCGAAGCUUCGUCACGUGGGCAGUAACCUCUGCCUGGACAGCCGCAGCGCCAGGAUGGGCGGACUCACUGUGGAGGUCUGCAGCCCGAGCCUCACCCAGCAGUGGAAGUUCACUCUCAAUUUACAAUCGUAGGGGGCGCUCCAGAUCCCCGGAAGACUCGGUAUAGCGAAGAGAAACACCUACAGACUCCUGAGAUGCGGCUAAAAAGAUGAAUAGACUCAAGAAGAAAGACAAACUCUUCCUCCUUCUCCUCCUUCCUCCUCCACAGAGGUACAGCCAGUCACGUGCGCACCCUUCUCUCACCCAUCUCCCUAAACGAUGAGCCACGCGUAAUGAAGGGAGGGGCCGGGAGACCCAAAUGGAGUUAACAGGAACCUGACUGCAUGUGGUGGAUGGAUGGUGGCGAUCACGAGGAUAAAGGAGACGAAGAGGCUUUUGUUUCAAAAAUACAUACCUCAGUGUUUUCUCAUUGAUGGUUCCAGCUGCAAACGGCGAAAUUGUUCUUCUCCUUUCUUUAAUGCUGGUGGAAAGAGAAUUUUUUGGUGUACUUGUUUUAUUUUCUUAUUCAUAUUUUUUAUUUCUUGCUGUUAACUGUCCACAGAGACUUGCUUUUUUUCCUUCUUCUUCUUCUUGGAAGCAUCCUGUAAUGGCAGAUGGAGCCUUCAGGUUGUGGUUCCGGGGAGGUGUGGGUUGUUGAGUGAUGUGAAGGGAGGAAAUGGACUCGAGGCCUUGAGCUUUUCCUCUCGUUUAUUCUCACUGGUUUACAGAGUCAACCGAGAGAAAAGAGGCAAAGAAUGCAGUUUUUCUACAGACUCUUUCUUGGUGGAGGUGAAGACAAUCUGGGAGGGUUUUCGCUGCUUUGCAUGGGGUUUUUUCCCCCCCCCUCAGAAGUGUUGUGAAUGCCUCCCUGAAGAUUUUCCUGUCUUUGGGCUGUAGUACUGGCUGCUGCAGCCUCCAAUACUUCCACAGAGAAAAUACCCAGAGAAUAAGUCACCAGUCUCUCUUUUUUUUCCUUUUUCUUUUAUUUUGGUUUACUUUCUAAUCAAAAAAUGGAACCAACUUUUAAAAGGAUGUUUUGAGUUUCAGAAAGACCAGUGAUUAAAAUGGUUUUCUUUACAUACUCUCGCUGCUCUGUGCCUGCUCCCCGUGGAGAGGCUCAGUUUUAAUCUUUUUUUUUUUUCUUUGUUUUUCCUGCACAGCUGCUUUCCUUUGCCUGUGUCUAUAUGUUGCCAUUGUGGAACGUUUACUGUCUAACAAUCACAUCUAAACUGGAUUCAUGUUGCAGCUUGUUCUCCAGAGCCAACAGGUGUUGCCUGCUAAUGUGGCAUUUCUAAUAACACAGUAAUGAGAUUACCAGUAAUGUAGAGUUUGCAUAGACGUGACUGAGAUGAUUGCUUCUCCUCUUCCAGCACUUUUACAAAGUUAAAGAAGAAAACUACACUUAGACCUUGCAGGAGGAACAAUGCAACCCUGCAGCAAAGUAAAGUGGGGUUUGUUUGGGUUUUUUUAAUUCAUCGAGGUGUCAGACGUCCGUCUCUCUAUUGACAACGGCAAACUGUGCUUAUUCCAGCCUGAGAGCAGAUUUCAUGCAAAAAGAAAAGUCUCGACAAGUAGCGAAGCAACUUCUGACUGCAUGUAUCGCCGACAUGUUUCCAGCGUUGCACUGAGUCACAGUGAUUUACAUCAACAUAUUUUUUUUCCUCUAACUUUCCUGUUAGAUGAGCCAUCUGUUCUGAAGUUUGGAACUGCAGUAAACAAGGUUUUACUGUUUGUCCUCACUCUGUUUCUGCAAGAGGAGAGCAGAUUUUUCUGAUUGCACAAGCAGGACUGCACAGCUUUUGCUGAUGCAAAGUAGAAAUAAGAAUACUCUUUCUUUCUUUUUUUUCUUUUUUUCCUGCCACACUACUAUGCAGAUCAACAAUAUCUUGGUGUCAUGAAACGGUGCAGUUUUUGUUACCAGGUGGUGUUACUGAUACGAUUUGCAGUACAUUUAUCUGUUUCCGAGUCCAUUAACUCUUGCCUUUUAAAUAGUUUGUUUGUUAUGUUUUGUUUCUAAUCUCCUUUAGGCUUUCACAUCACUUCCUCAUCUUCACUGCUAUGAUCUCCUGUGCUGUUAGUCACCGAUGAGUAAUGACAGUGGAGUUUGGGAAAAUUGCGCUUGAUUAAAUUUAGUGUGACUCAUCACUUGGCGACCUCAAGGCAACUACAGGAACACAAAAUAUUUCUGAACAGAUGUACAGUUUGGGUACAGGAAAGCUGAAAUCUCAAGUCAUCUUUAAAGUCGUGCGCUCUCUGCUUUUCUCAGUCCUUCCCGCUCUCGUGCACACUCGCAUCCGAAACUCCUUUGGUUUUAUUUUAUUGAGCCGCCAACUGACAAAGACAGCUGGCCUCGGUUGCUUUGCUGUCUGAUACUUUUUUUUCUGUGUACCUGUUUGCCUUGUCUUAUAUGUUCAUUUAUAAGUGGGGUGAGUGGAGCUGAGAAGGUCAGCUGAAGCUGCAGCUGGUUUGAAAAGCCUAUCCUGUGACUUGACAGGUUGCUGCAUUGUGCUGCAGGGCAGGGGACCCACAACAUGGCACGAGGCCAGAGAGAAACUCAGGCAAGGCCCUGCUUAGAAAAAUUUGGUGUUGCCUUUGAUGCUAAAUCCAAAGGCCCAAAUCUGAUUUCAUGAUGAUGUGUUACUUUAAACAUGGAAAAGUCUGGUUUGGUUUGGAAAAUGCAAAACAAAAUGAAACACUUUCAGUGUCUUAAGUAAGCAUGGUUGCAAUACAGGAGAAGCAUUAAGUGAAAUUUAGGUUUGAACAUCAGUUUUUCAUUUCAGCGUGUGCUGUGAAAUCAGACGCUUCAGUGGAGAUUUUAAAGGCAGGUUACAGGAGAAAUAAUCUUAUUAAAAGUAGAAAAAUAUAAAAAUGUUUAAUUUAGAUGUAUUCUUGAAAGGGCACCAUUGAAGUUUUUUUUUGUUUUGUUUUGUUUUCUUUUUAGCUGAUUCUCAAAGGGUGUAAAUGGGAAGAUCUGUCAUAGGAUACAUGCAAAAUCUGUCUCGGUUUAGAUGUGUGCAAGUACACAUUUUAGUAGUUAGUUCAUUUACUUUUUCAUCGCCUUAUCGUCUAGAUUAUUGCAGAAAUUGUGCAGCCUCUUGAGUAGUGGUGAUAUCUCAGUCAGCAUAAAAUAAGUGAAGGUUUCCAACAUGCUGAGGUUUUAUUUAGUAGUUUUUAGCGCCCUCUAUUGCCACACAUGAUCAGCUGCGAAACAAAAAAAGGAAGAAGGACUUGAGGUAGUUUCUGUCUUUGCUUUAUAAGAUCUCCAUGUGAGUUUGCUACUCCGCAGAAGCCGACUGUGCUCACCUGAGUGACCAUGUCAGUCCUGUCUGCAACAGUUCCCGUGUUGUCUGAAGCCUUUUCUUUUUAAAGCUAGUCUUAUACUUGUCAUAAGGUUUGCUAUUUUAUUUCUUAAUCUUUUUUAUGUUACACACAGAAGAAAUGACUGUAACACUUAAGUGCAGCGCCUCAUUUCAAAAGGAUGGUUAAAUGUUUACAUCUUUUGCACAACGUGCCAAAUUUCCUUUUCCGAAUUUGCUGUAUGAUGAAGAAUAAGAAGGGGUGAAAGUCUUUGGAAAACAGUCUCGGAGGACUUGUUCCGUGACAGGUUGCUUGCAGUGUAAUGAGUAUCUUCCCUCCAGUCUCAACUUGUAGAAGCCACUGUGGCCAGGACUGCUGUUAUCUGCUGGUCUUGUGUCAGUUUUAUGAUAGAGAGGGGAUUAAAAAUGGUCGUUUGCGUGUUUCCAUGUCUUAAAAACUUUAAAAUAUUCUUUAAAAUAUCCAUUAGAGGAGUAACAACUCUGAAACAUAGCUCAACAAAAGUCAUCCCCAGUAUCAUAUCAUGGUUCCAUCUUUUCGUAGUGCGUUUACCUGUUUGGAGCCAUUUAAUCAAAAGUUAAAGCGUGCUAGGCUGCAUCACAAUAAUGCAGAACAUUUUGUUUUGGUUGUGAUCCAAUUAUGACCAAGUGAUCUUGUGCGUAUAAAAAACAAUUUUAGGUAUGAGCCAAAAUGAUGACGCACAAACCAAAAAAUGCCUAUUGAAAUAAAUUCACAAGGGAAAACAUCGAGUAAGAAGAAUAUUACUGACAAUCCUGCAGAUGGUCGUCUUCUUUAAUAACAUAAAACAUGAGCUUGAGUCAGUAAAUAAGAGCAUCCUACCCACUGAGCCACUAGACAUUAUUUAUUUCGCUAUGGAGGGAAACAAGGGGUUAUUUGCUAGAGUUAAACAAGAAAAGGAAGCUUGAAGCAAAAUCUUUGUGUUCGUUCAGCUUUUCCUUUAAACGGAGAAAAGUUCAGUCACGACUUGUCAAAAACCUGGGACGUUUUCCCCCUAUCGGCCCACCUCAAAUCCCCUCAUAGGAUUAACAGAAGAAGGGCCCUCUCUCUAAUAAGUGAAAAGCCCUGCUGAGACAUCCAGCUCAGGACUGCUUAAGCUUCUCCGUCUUCUACGAGCGGCUGUGCCAAUGUAAAUGAGUCGGGGCACAAUAGGGGCAGAUCAUGCACAGCAGACAAUACACUGUAAAAGUCUCAUCAACUGGUAAUGACAGAUAAUAACAGUAAUCAAUAUGGGUGGGAUAUGGGGUGGGGUGUGAGCUGGUGGGUUAAUGUGUUUUCCGAGAGGCAUGUGGCUCUGAAUGGCUGGUAUUCACAUUACGAGGUGGCUGAUGCAACCCGAGGGUUCACACAUGUAAAAGUGUAUAUUUUUGUAUAUACCUACAUCAGUGUGUGUACAGUAUGUACAUAUAUACACAGUGUACUCAGCUGCAGUUCCUAGUUUUGUUGUCAGACUGUACAGCGCUUCUAACUGUUCCCUGUUUUAUAGAUAAUGCAGAAAUUCAACUUUGAAUGAGGAGAAAUGAUUAACUUAAAUAAAUACAUUUAUAUAUAUA